AUGGAUGUUAACUUGAUAGCGCCGAAAUAUAUACUGUAUGGCGAUACGGCCUCCUUGACGUGCGCUCACAAGGUCUCGAACGAAUUACUUCACAAGAUAGAAUUUGUGAAGAACGAGCGGAGGAUAUUUGAGUACGUUAAGGAGAGGAAACCGCCGUACAUCCCGGAGAAGCCCGUACUCGUCGACGGUGCUAAAAUGGAGUAUGCGAAAAAUGGCUCGUCAAUUAAAUUACACAAUGUGGGUUUUGAAACUUCUGGUGUUUAUUCCUGUGAAGUCACUAUGGAAACUCCCAUUUACACUUCGGUGUCUGAUCCCGUAGAGAUAAAAGUGAUACUGCCACAAAUGGAACAGCCGACAAUUACAUUUAAGAAAAGUGUCUUUACAAUGGGUGAAAUCCUGGAGGCAAACUGUACAACCGCGCCUGCAUAUCCAGUUCCGCACAUAACAUGGCUCAUAAAUGACGAAGAGGCCGAUAUUGGUUCAGUUAUUCAUCUUCCGCAUACUUCCUUAGUAAAUACUAAGUCAAUGUAUGCUACAGCAGAAUUAAAAGUUAAAUUGACUCCAUCCAUGCUUGGAAGAAAAUUAAAUUACUUAAAUCUACGUUGUCAAGCAACAAUCCCAGCAUAUUCAUCCCAACGACGUUAUGCUGAUAUAAGAGAAAUAGCUAUAUCGGUGCCAGUUAUUUCAUCGUCAGCAUCCAGCGCUAGAAGAAGAUAUAAACACCGAAUAUUGUUAUAUAUAUUAUUGUUUAUGAUUAUAAGACUCUUAGUUUAA